AAUUGCUAAGAGGAAAUGCAGUGUGUGACUGCAACUGGAAACCGUAAAAUCAUUUUUGGAUCUGGAACCAGACUUACUGUUGAAACAAAAAAAGAAGAACCGCCUGUCUAUUACAAAUUCGAUGAGUCAUGUUUGGCAACCGACUUCACAAAAUAUGAUGCUGUAAAAUUCCAAAACGUUACACCAGUGCGAUAUGCAGAACGAAGUUAUUACAGCAGCUACGCCUUUAAUGUUUCAGACUGCCCGCAGAAAGACUGUCAGCAAGGAUCAUCCAGUCAAAAUGAUGAUUUUGAACCAGAUGAAAAAACCAACUACAUGUCACUGGGUCUCUAUUGGCUGAGAAUUCUCUUUCUGAAGACUGUUGUGUUCAAUGUCCUGAUGACUUUCAAAGCAUGGAUGAGCUAACAUGUUGCAAAAAUCCCCAUCAUUUUUCAUCAGUUGGAUUUAUCAGCAAAGACAAAACAUCACAUUCGAGAGCCAUCAGAAUGAUACUGUUGUUGUUACACAAUGAUCAAGGGAUUAUGAAACCUCUCUCAGUUAUGCUAUAUUGCUUAUGGUUUUAAGAAUUAUUUACUCUA